AUGUCGAGCACCUGGGCAAGCAGCAACAAGACAUACAUUCUCUUACACGAGCGCUUCGAUAUGGCAUCUAAGUCCAAGUCGAGCUACCCACGGGUGCUGAUGUUCGACAUCGGCGGCGUCUGCGUCGUGUCACCCUUCCAAGCAAUCCUUGAUUACGAAAAGAGCAAGAACAUUCCGCUUGGCUACAUCAAUUUCUGCAUCUCCGCUUCAGCUCCAGACGGCGCCUGGCAAAGAUUGGAACGCGGCGAGAUCCUUCUCGACGAUGGCUUCUUCAAGCAUUUCAAGUCGGACCUGAGCAACGAGCAACGCUGGCGAGAGUACUACGCGCGAUCGCUCGCCAAGUCGAAGAAACAGAGCAAAGGCCAAGCCGUUGAAGAGGCAGCAUAUCAAGUUCCAGCCGUGCCCGACAUCGACGCGGAAUGGCUAUACUGGGAAAUGAUGCGGAUAGCAAGGGAGCCUGAUCCGUCUAUGUGGCCCGCAUUGCAAAGGCUGAGGGCAGCCGCGGACAAGAGCAACGGACAACUGAUUCUUGCAGCGUUGUCGAACACGUCAAUAUUCCCGCCAGGACAUCCUUUUAGCGAUGACAAGACGCCUGAAGGAAGACAGAACAAAGAGUUGAAGGGAGUGUUUGACAUUUUCGUCAGUAGUGCCCACGUCGGCAUGCGGAAACCAGCAGAGGAUAUAUAUCGAUAUGCUCUCACGAGAUUGCAUGAGUAUGUGAAGCUAAAUGAGAUUGGAAUGGGCGUAAGAGCGCAGGACAUCACGUUUCUGGAUGAUAUUGGUGGAAACCUCAGGACUGCGAAGAAGCUCGGGAUGAAUACCAUCAAGGUAGAGCUUGGGAGAGCUGAUAAGGCUGUGGCAGAGCUGGAGAGCAUAACUGGACUUGUUCUGAAGGACAACAGAGCCAGACUGUAG